CCCUGAUAUUAUUGAUAGGCGCACAGUCUGCCCCGGACUCCUCCCCCGACACGCCCCCUCCCUAUGCAGCAGUCGGGGCAGGAGCUCGGGAGAGCAGUAGAGUCCGGGGAGCAGGAUGCAGUGUGUGAGGAGACAGCCCUCCCGAUCUAAGUCCCAGGAGCAGGUGCAGGAGGAGGAGAGGCAGGAGAGCAAGAGGCAGGAGGCGCAGCUGAACUCUAAGCAACUGGGACUGCCAGAUGAUGAGGAUUUGAGGGUUCUUCUGAAAGGCAGCAAUCUGUACAAGUUAAAAUCAGGCUCAUGGAAAAGGCCAAGAUUUUACAAACUGCAAGAAGACUGCAAGACCGUCUGGUAUGAUUCCAAGAAGUUAUUUAAGUCCUCAGAAUCACAGACAUUCUCAGUUGACGAUAUUGAAGAUGUGCGGACGGGGCACCAGACAGAGGAGAUGCAAAGAUUCGCCUCCAGCACGCCGUCCAACCUCUGCUUCUCCAUCAUCUUUAAGGGGCAGCGCAAGAACCUCAACCUGAUAGCCAGUGAUGAGAAAGAGGCGGCUCACUGGGUCUCCGGCUUCGGUAAACUCCUCACUAACUCCAGUACCAUGAACCAGACUCAGAAGGUGCAACACUGGAUCCACUCGUGCCUGAGGAAGGCAGAUAAGAACAAGGAUAACAGGAUGACCCUGAAAGAACUCAAGGGCUUCUUGCAAGAAGUGAAUAUCGAGACGGAUGAGAGUUACGCCAAGCAGAUCUUUCAGCAAUGUGACAAGUCCCAGUCGGGCACCCUGGAAGGGGAGGAGAUCGAGACGUUCUACAAGAUCCUGACUGAGAGAGAAGAGAUUGACGUCAUAUUUGCCACCUACUCCGACGGCGGAAGCCUCAUGUCUACCGAGAACCUGCUCCGGUUCCUCUCGAAGGAACAGCGGGAAAGUGUGGGGGCCGAGUAUGCCAAGUCCCUUAUAGAAAAGUAUGAGCCCAGCGAGCAGGCCAAAAAGCAAGAGGCGAUGACCAAGGACGGUUUCCUUAUUUACCUGCUGUCGGACGACGGGAACCUGUUUAAUGUGUCGCACAGGAAGGUUUAUCAGGACAUGAAGCAGCCCCUCAGCCACUACUUUAUCUCCUCCUCUCACAAUACCUACCUGAUGGAGGACCAGCUCACAGGCCCAAGCAGUACGGAGGCGUACAUCAGGGCGCUGUCUAAGGGAUGCCGCUGUGUAGAACUGGACUGCUGGGACGGCCCGAACUCGGAGCCCGUUAUUUAUCACGGUUACACCCUGACGUCCAAGAUUCUCUUCAAAGAUGUCAUAUCGGCCAUUAAGAAGUACGCCUUCAAAACUUCUCCUUACCCUGUGAUACUUUCCCUGGAGAACCACUGCAGCCUGGAACAGCAAAUCAAGAUGGCUGACCACAUGAAAAGCAUUCUGGGAGAUAUGCUCCUGGUGGCGCCACUGGAGGGGAAGCUGAAGGAGUUCCCAUCACCAGAGGAACUGAAGGGGAAAAUCCUGGUGAAGGGGAAGAAGCUGAAUAAACUGGAGGACGACGUGAGGAGUGCGAGCGCCAGUGGGACGGAGGCUGACGAUGUGUCUGAUGAGGAUGAGGCAGCAGAAAUGGAGGAUGAAGCUGUUAAAUCCAAAGUGCAAGAGGCCCAGAGGAAGGCGAAGCUGAAACUUGCCAAAGAGUUGUCGGACACAGUUGUGUACUGUAAGAGUGUGCACUUCAGUGGCUUUGACUACGCUCUGGAACACCAGUCCUUCUAUGAGAUGUCGUCCCUCUCUGAGGACAAAGCCCUAAAGCUGGCCAAUGAAUCAGGAAACAAAUUCACGAAGCACAACACACGGCAGCUGACCCGGAUCUAUCCCGACGGCAUGAGAACGGACUCGUCCAACUACAAUCCAGUGGAUACGUGGAACGUGGGCUGUCAGAUUGUGGCUCUAAAUUUCCAGACCCCCUGUGCAGAGAUGGACGUGUAUCAGGGCCGAUUCCAGGACAAUGGAGCGUGCGGUUAUGUACUAAAACCCCAGUUCCUCAGACAGUCAGACUCCAGGUUCAAUCCCAGGUCCAUCCAGGAUGGAGAGUGGUGGACGCCCAAGAAGCUGCACAUUAUGGUGAUCUCUGGGCAGCAGUUGCCAAAGGUGAACAAGAAGCCGAGCUCCAUCGUGGAUCCGCUAAUCACAAUGGAGAUACACGGGGUGGAACGGGAUAAGGGCCGUAAACAGACGCAGAUCAUGAAGAAUAACGGCUUCAACCCAACAUGGAACGAGAACUUUGAGUUUGAAAUCGAUGUCCCGGCGCUGGCCCUCCUGCGCAUUGUGGUGGAAGACUACGACGCAGCCUCUCGCAACGACUUCAUUGGGCAGUUUACGGUUCCUCUGACCGGUGUCAAACUGGGUUACCGUCACAUCCAUCUCCUGUCCAAAAACGGAGACCAGUACCCCUCUGCCACCCUCUUUGUGCACGUCAUGCUGGUGGAGCAGAACAAAUCCUGAAAUCAUUCCCAGAAUUUUAACAUUUUAAAAUUCCAAAAAAUGUGACAAUUUUAGGCUAUAAUGUGUCUAGUGACAGUUGGAAUUUGAUCUUAUCCGUUUUAUCCUGCUUUUAAAAGUUUUUAGUUUUUUUUAUACUUGUUUUUAGAUUUGGCGAAAACCCAGUUUUACCUUUGAAAAGCCAGAAAGGUGCGUCAAACGUUAACCUUUAGAAUAACGAACGACCUGCCUUUUUGUUGCUGUUGAAUUAGAGCUGAUGCAUCAUUAGAAGUGCUGCUGGGAAUUGUAGUUCAACAUUGUGGAGGCUGCUGCUUUUAUAUCUCUCUUUUACAUCAUUUCUCUUAGUGAACUCAUAGAAGUGGAGCGUUAAUUCCCACUAAUUGCACAUAGGUGCGACUUUACUGUAGCAACCAAUCAGCUGUUAGUGCCCAUCUUUAGAGAAAUGAAAGCAAAAACCUGAUUGGUUGCUGUGUUCCAACACUGUGUAAUUGUACAUUAACACUCCCAGGCAUUGCUGCUUGUGCCUAAGUUUUACCUAUAAUCAGGGACAACAUGAAGUACCUCCCCCUUAGGUGCAACAAAACCAGUAGCAAAUAAGAUAUUAUAGGGGUCAUGUAAUAAAAGGCACUAAGUUUGCCCAGGAGCAGUGACCCAUAGCAACCAAUCAGCAGGUAGCAUUUACCGUUCACCUGUCUAAAAGCGAACAUCUUAUUGGUUGCUAUGGGUUACUGCUCCUGGGCAAACUUAGUGUCUUUUAUUACAUAUGGGGGAUACGUUUUUUAACACUACUAAUAGAAUGAAUCGGAUUGGACACGGUUGGUAGAAAAUUAAGUCUUUGAGAAAAGGGAAGUCUUGGGAUGUUUCUUUGCUUACAACUGACCAGAGAAACAUCGGGUGACUCUUCUCUGCUCACUAACUUCAUUUUCUGAGCAACAUCACAAGACUUUCCAUGAUCCACUAAUGAGUAGAGGGGUUAUUAUACCGGGUUAUGCCCAAUAAGGGCCAAUCAAGACACUAGUUGGGGCAUGGACAGCUGACUCUGAGCUGACUGUUAAACACUGGUCAGGAGUCUCCUGGUUCAUAAAGUUUAUAUAGAAUAGAAUAUACGUGUGUUGCACAUGCAGAGAUUCUCUUUGCCCUGUGGGGCCCAGUACAAGUAGGGGGGCCCUUGUGAUUUAGUGGAUAGUCAGUACCCCAGUAAUGAUGGGGCCUAUAGAGUUGUAGUAUUCGGUCUGUGCUUAUUGGAGUAACUGGGACACUCAUUUCUCUUUCUUUAAUCUCCAGUUUAUUAUGUCUCUUAAUGUUCUUGCCCAAUGUAAAGUUGGUCGGACUCCAUUUGGGCCACACGGCUAAAUCUGAAGCAAACUAGGAGGGACCGGCAACAACACCUUCCUUUUUUCUGAUCUGCCGACCCCUCAAAUAUCAGUAGAUUUCAUUCUGUCCGUCUGUUAUCAGAUAGGCUUGUAGGACAAUCAGUUCAAACUACCCUUGGCAGAGGGGUUUUACAUGGCCAGACAGUCAGGAAUCAGGGUUGAAGUUGCCAAACGGCCUAUUUGCCCUUUAUUUUCUUAGAAAACACCCAUGAAAAAAAAAAAGCCUAGCACCAAGAUUUUUAUAUUUUUAGUUUCUCUUCUGGUCAUACACUUUUUAAAUGUACAUAGUGAUGAGUAUUUUAUACCCUCGUUAUCUUGGAUACCACCCUGCGUCCCCAGGAUACAGCUGUGCCUUUAAAUGAGCAGCCAUUAAAUGUCCCCCUCCAUAAAUCCAUUAGAUACCUCAGCUCUAAUCUCUGAUUUCUGGGCUCUGGGUUCUAAUCUCUGGGCUCUGAUUCCUGGGCUCUGAUUCCUGGGCUCUGAUUCCUGGGCUCUGAUUCCUGGGCUCUGAUCCCUGGGCUCUGAUUUCUGAUCUCUGGGCUCUGAUUUCUGAUCUCUGGACAUGUUUGGAGGCAUCUCCCUACCUUGGCUGGAGGUCUCUGCUAUGGCCACCAACCAUGGAGCCUUAUCCUUCUCUAUGUUUACUGUUUGUAUACGAGGAGAACGUGCAAUGAAAUAUGCGGCUAUUUUAAGAAUAACCUUUUAUAUCGAUUUUUUUAUCCCUUUUGUUUAAAGACUGAAUUUGAUGUCAUGGUCCUUUUGUGGGUUGUCUUCUCCUUAGGCUAAGAGCAGAUUCGGGGAGAUUUAAUCACCUGGCGACUAAUCGCCUCUUCCGCAGGGCGACAAUCUCCCCAAACUGCCCUCCGCCUGCUUGAAUGAGAAAACUCCAGCGCAAUGCACUUGCGGCGCUUCGAUUUCCGAAAUCGAAACGCCGCUAAUGCAUUGCGCUGGCGUUUUCUGCCCGAAUCUGCUCGUCUGCCGCUGCCCUUAAUUGAACUGAAGGCUCAUGUUGCCAAGAUGUUGUUAUUCAUGGAUGUUUCCAUGGAACAACUGAGAAACACACUUGGAAAUAAACACAUUGGACUGGU